AUGCCGCGCUUGCACGAGCGUCAGCUCCGUCGGGCGCUGCGGGACUUGCACCGAAAGGAGGCGGCGAACGGCCACACCGUUGCUGGCGAGGACGAAGAACUCGUUGAAUCCAACGCAGGUGUGGGAACACCACGCUCAAGAGGUGAGCCUCUUCCGGCCGCUGGGAGCACUUGGGAAGUCAUAGGUGGCCGCUGUGCGGGUGGAGUGUUGGUGCGCACUGCGCAGGACUUGAAAUCACCGGAGGCAUCUGGCAGGCUUGGUUUCCGCGCCACCGUGCGGGAGUUGGAGCUGAUUGGCACACGGCUGAACUUCGAAUUGGUGACGGGUCGUGGUCCAAAGACAGGCUGGGUCAGCAUCAAAGUCUCCGGCAAAGACCUGCUUGUGAGGUGCAGUGAUCCUGAAGUACCUUCCACCUGCGAGGCGACCUCGGACAACGAGCCACCAGAACUGGCCCACGACGACGAAGAAGACGAAGUUCUCUCGGUGGACGAUGAAGUGCUCACGGACCCCCGGACACCCAACCGAUGGGAGGAGGAGGUAGAGGAGGUGGAAGCUUUAUCUUCCGAGAGCGCUGAAGGCCUGACGACAGUGGCUUCAAUGGAUUCCGAGCGAGCCAGAGGUCAGCUCACCAAAGAAGUCGCAGAGGCAAUGAAGGUGCCCUUCUGCAAACUGAUCUCAUCCGAUGGUGAGGAAAUUUCGGGGGACGCCGCGGUGAGUUUCGAUGAAGUCACUGCAGUGGCUGUGUCCUUGGAUCCCUUGCUGCAGAUGUUGGGCUUCGAUGAAAGCAUCGAGGCCGCCACGGUGCCACGAGAGGACUUGGAGAAGAUGGUGCUGUUUGGCCGUUGCUUGCUGUCAACUGCCUGCCAUCACGGUGGUCCGGGACAUUUGGAAGGAUGGUUGCGUGUGCCCUGGAAUUGCUCCAUCCCGAGCCCCCCCUGCUUCAAAAGCAAAAAGUAUCUGGAAGUGACGCACAAGCAGCCCCUGUUGCCGGCGGGCACGCGGGUGACGUUGCGGAAAGCACCAAACACCUUGGGACACGUGGAGGAAGGCAGCCGGGUGUUGACCUCGCCCAUGUUGCUGAAGGACCUGAAAAUGAUCCGCGACGCGGCUCCGCUCCAGCGAGAGGAGAAGGUCGAGCUCUUACGGCUCCCCGAAGCGCGAGAGAUGGAAGCGGAUUCCGUGUACCGCACAGUGCGUGUGGCCAAAUAUGAGCCUGGAGACGUUCAACUGGAAGUUGGACAUAAGUUUUGGAGAGACGAUGACGAUUAUUGA